UAACACCUCAGCGCCCCCUUCGUCCCAAAAUUCCAUCAGAUCUAAAAACGAAAAAACUCCCUUUUUCAAUAAUUCGCACCCAAAAUCCCUAAAUAAUUUCGAUGAUCAAUUCGAUCGCUACAUACAAAGAGAGCCUCUCUCGGAUCGCCAACGAGGUCUUCGACGCCGCCGAAGAGAUGGAGAUCCCUCAAUCGAGGGAUGGAUCUCGAGAGGUUUCGCCUGCUUCUGGCCGUCGGUUCUCGCAGAGGUCUUCGAGAUUCUCGUCCCCGGUCGCUAAAUCUCCGAUUGCCAAUGGGGUGGAUCAUGGAUCACACGAUGAGGUUUCAAAAUACAAGGCAGAUAUUCAGAGGCUUCUAGCAUCUGAAGCUGAAAUUAAGGAAUUGGCAUUCAGUUAUGCUGCUGUAUUGAAGGAGAAAGAGGAGCAACUGUCUAAAUUGCGUGAAGAGAAUGGCUCAUUGAAGAAAACUAUCGAUGCCAAAGAGUCUGGUGGACAUGGAUCAAGAGAUGAAAGUGUUAAAACAUUACCAAACAACUCUAAGAUCCCUGUGGAUCGUUCACCUGGCAGGUUACAGAGGAAUACAUCUCAAGGGAAUUCUCGCUCAGGAAGCCAUUCAGGGAAAAGUUCCAUAACCAAGCAAGAUGGACUCAGUAAUGGCAGUAUGCAGGCUGUUGAUGCUACAACACAGAUAAUUGCAAAUUCGCCAAUGACUGAUAAGGAACAUAACAAUUUGAUCGAUGAAGCUGGAUCAUUGGCGGCAAUACAGGCUAGUCAUGAGUCUGAAAUAAAACAACUAAAGGCUCAACUUGAUAGUGAGCGCGAGAAGGCAUCAACCAUACAGAUAAAGUUACAAAAGGAACAACAGCUGAAAGAGUCUUCUCAAAGGGAGCUCCAAGAUUUGAAGAUUGAGAAGGAGAGGAUCUUUACUGAUAUGAAAGAAUUACAAGAACAGCUGAAGGAGAAAAUCACGGAAUUGAGACUACUGCAAGUGGAACUUAGUAGGAGGAAUAUGGAAGAAGAUCUAAAUGAUUCUUUGAGAAAUUUGGAAAGAAAGGUCUCAGUAUUAGAAGAAGACAAUGCCAAGCUUAAGAUGGAGAAGAACGAACUUGAGGUAACUCUAAAUCUUCGCAGCAGGUCAGAAAGUAUUGCUGCUAAUGAUCCCGGAUUUAUUGAUAAGAAUACAAGUGAAUUGAUUGAGAAAGCGACUGAAGAUAUGGAAUUAUCUAUGUGGAAGUUGAAGGAAAGUUUGGAACAGACCUCCAAAGAACGGGAUAAAGCAUUGCAAGAAUUGGAUCGGCUCAAGCAGCAUUUGCUAGAGAAGGAACUUGAAGAAUCAGAUAAGAUGGAUGAGGACAGCAAGGUCAUCGAGGAACUUCGGGCAACUGCUAAUUAUCAAAGAGCUCACAUUCUGCAGUUGGAAAGAGCUUUAAAGCAGGAAACAGCAAGCAAAGAAGAAAUUAUGAAGUUUAAGAGUGAUGAGCUUCAGAAAUCAAGCGAAAUGAUUAAUAACUUGAGGGAAAAACUUGCAAACUGCAUGAGCAUAGUUGAUUCGAAGAACAUUGAACUUCAAAAUCUUCAAACUGCACUUGGCCAGUAUUACGCUGAAAGUGAAGCAAAGGAACGAUUAGGAAGAGAUUUGGCUGUGGCAAGAGAAGAAUCAGCAAAACUUUCUGAAACAUUGAAGGCUGUAAGUGAAGGGCUGGAAAUAUCUAAAAGGGAAAAGGAAGAAAUACUUGGUAAGCUUUCACAUGCAGAAAGAAUGUUAUCAGAUGGUAAAUGUGCCAUACAGAAGCUGGAGGAGGACAAUUCGAAGUUGCGGCGUGCACUUGAGCAGAAUAUGACAAGACUAAAUAGGAUGUCACUGGAUUCAGAUAAUUAUGUUGACAGGCGCAUCGUGAUCAAAUUAUUGGUGACAUAUUUUCAGAGGAAUCAUAGCAAAGAGGUUCUGGAUCUUAUGGUUCGUAUGUUAGGAUUUUCUGAGGAAGAGAAGCAGAGAAUUGGUUUUGCUCAGAGUGCUGCAGGGAAAGGCGUAGUUCGAGGUGUGUUAGGUCUACCAGGACGCCUGGUUGGAGGCAUCUUGGGAGGGAGUUCACCCGAAGCAUCUUCUCAUGCUUCUGAUAACCAGUCAUUUGCGGAUCUAUGGGUUGACUUUCUUCUCAAAGAAACGGAGGAACGGGAGAGGAAGGAAUCUGAAGAAGCUGCUCGACUGUCUUCAACCCCUAAAGAAGGAAGCACAAGCUCUACGAAGUUACCUAGUAACUAUAAACCCCCAACUUCAAAUUAUUCAACAAACCAGUCCCUUCCUUUGAGACACCAGAAACCUUUUGAGCAGAUCGAUACUGAAUUCGCAACAGUUCCGCUCAAUUCUUCCUUCUCUCCAUCAGCAGCAAGGUAUGACCCCACCAGAAUGCCUUCAAGGUACUGAUGGUAGUAAUUUACGAUGCAAGUUGGAGGUCAAUCGUCUUUUGCUGUAAUUCGUUUUAGUCGAUAUUUCAUUUGUUCAUAUCGAAAGCAGUGUAUUUUAAUUUUGGCCGCAUUAUUUGUUGUAAAAAGAGAGUUCCUUUUGUUCAGCAUUCAUGAUGCCAUAUGGUUUAUUCAUGCUAAUGUUUCAUUUUUAUUUUUAAUUUUUA